AAAAUGAAGAGCAUCUGUUUUGUGCUGUUAUGUGUGACUGCCUCUUAUGCAUUGCCAAUCAGAAACGAAGAAGAAAAGUUGGAGCUUAUUCAGAAGUACUUAGAAAAAUAUUACAACUUUAAAUCAGAUGGGACAGGAAUCUUCAAACAGACAAGCAGCUCUGUGUUCAAAAAAAUCCAAGAAAUGCAACAGUUCCUUGGGCUACAGGUGACAGGCAACCUGGAUUCUAAUACGCUGGAGGUGAUUCAGAAGUCGAGGUGUGGAAAUCCGGAUGUUGGGGAAUUUGCCUUCUUUGCAGGGCAACCCAAAUGGGGAAAGAAAGCUCUGACCUACAGAAUUCUGAACUAUACACCAGACAUGAACAAAUCUGAUGUGGACAAAGACAUUGAGAAAGCCUUUAAAGUUUGGAGCCAAGUGUCACCACUGAUAUUCCGCAGGGUUUCAGGAGGCAAUGCAGAUAUAAUGAUCUCUUUCGCUUCUGGAGAGCAUGGAGAUUUCAAUUCUUUUGAUGGGCCGGGAGGCACUGUUGCCCAUGCCUAUGCCCCGAGCGCCGGCAUUGGAGGAGAUGCCCAUUUUGAUGAAGAUGAAGACUGGACCAAUGAGUUGGAAGGUUCCAACUUGUUUUUUGUUGCUGCUCAUGAAUUUGGCCAUUCUCUUGGACUUUCGCAUUCCAAAGAACCUAAUGCACUGAUGUUCCCAGUGUAUAACUAUCCUGAACACAGACAAAAUGUCCUCUCUAGAGAUGAUAUUGAUGGCAUUCAGUCCCUCUAUGGCGCAUCAUCUAAACCAGCUCAGGACCCAGUGGAAGAUGACAAGCCACGCACACCUGGCAGGCCAGCCCAACCUGCCUUACCUUCCGUUUGUGAUCCUCGUUUGACAUUUGAUGCUGUCACCCCUUUUCGGGGAGAAAUACUGUUCUUUAAAAAUAGGCAUUUCUGGAGGAAACACCCCAGAUACACAAAUAUUGACUUGAGUUUAAUUUCUGAAUUCUGGUCCUUUUUGCCAUCUGGUGUGGAUGCAGUUUCUGAAAAUAAUGAUAAAGAUGAGGCAGUUCUUUUUAAAGGCAACCAGUUCUGGGUUGUGAAAGGUGAAAUUAGGCUUUCUGGAUAUCCCAAGCGUAUCCACACGUUGGGCUUCCCAAAUGAUGUCAAGAAAAUUGAUGCAGCCUUUUACAACACAAAUGAAAAAAAGACAUACUUCUUUUCUGGUAACAGAUACUGGAGGUAUGAUGAACGAAGGCAAACCAUGGAAAAGAAGCCCAGAAAGAUAAGAGAUGGCUUCCCAGGUAUUGAGGGGAAAAUUGAUGCUGCCUUCCAGCAUAAUGGCUUACUGUAUUUCUUCAGAGGAACAAAGCAAUAUGAGUUUGACCCCAACACCAGGAGAAUUAAUCAGAUUCUAAACACCAAUAGCUGGUUUUCGUGCUAA